AUGGAAGAAGUGGUCAACGCGUAUUAUUUGAACAACGGACGGGAUAUCGAUCCUCUUCAAAAUGUGUUGCGUGGCCGUCAUUCCGAAUCGCUUCUUCACUUCAUUGAUUUACUCAAAACAACACCUAAAGACCGUGUCUACGGGCAGUCCGGUCUAAUGGAAUCGUUGAGAAACGUCGCCAGAAUGAGUUUGCAAUUGAACGACGCACAAUUCUCUAUGAUGAAAAAGUUUCUUGUGACGGCAUUGAGUUUCAAUGAACAGGUCUUAAGAGAUCUGGUAUACGUUUUUGAUAGUCCAAGGGAGAUUUGUGAAGAAAUUUGGGUCCCGAUCGAGUCGGACACAAAGAAAAAAAUUAAAGAGCUAGUUGAAGAAUUGCGUCUACAUUUCAAAGUCUCUUUCUGUGUUACUCGCUGGAGAAUCGAAGAAAACACCUAUUGA